AUAUAAUUCCCCGGAUGAACCAACGGUCCUGCUCGGUUACUGCUACUAGUCAUCCUGUAUUCCUGUGCAUGGUACAGCGACAGUCAGGCCGGCUCUCGUAAACCAUGACGACUUUCCUAGAUUGACUAGAUCAGUUUAUCAGACAGGCAUCACGCUGCAUCUGCUUUCUCUUUUCUCUCCUCUACCUAAAACAAUCCAACAUCUGUAAGUAGUACUUCUUCCAGCCUUCCAGGAUCUCACUUCAAUCUUCAACAUAUUCUUAGCUAGCUAGUAGUACUGUACCAUGACGACGGGAGAAUUGACGGCGGAGGAGGAGGCCACCGGCGGGAGUAAUACCCGGAUCGACGACCUCCCGGAGAGCGUGGUGGCGCAGGUGAUCUCCUUGACUUCCCCUCGCGACGCCUGCCGCUGCGCCGCCGUGUCGCCGUUCUUCCGGGACGCCGCGGACUCGGAUCUCGUCUGGGACCGCUUCCUCCCGCGCGACUACCGAGACAUCCUCUCGCGGUCGUCACGGACGACGAGCUCGUCGUCGUCGUCGGAGAAGAAGAAGAAGGAGUUGUACCUCCGGCUGUGCGACGUCGGUGCCGUGGUUGUGGACGACGAAGGAGGAGAAGGCGGCGAGACGGCGGUGUGGGUGGCGAGGGAGAGCGGCGGCAAGUGCGUGGCGCUGUCGGCGAGGAGGCUGAGUUUGCCGUGGGACGACGGCGAGCUCAGCUGGAAGUGGACGCCUCAUCCCCAAUCCAGGUUCGCCGAGGUGGCGCAGCUGGUGCACUGCACGGGCCUGGAAAUCUACGGCCGGCUGCCGGCCACGUCACUGACAUCGGCGAUCGACUACGCAGCGUACCUGGUCUAUGGUGUCGCGGACGGGGGCCACCGCCGGGGCCUGAGUUUCCCUGAUCAGGAGACCGCGGUGGCCGUGGGCGGCCGGGCAGAGUCGUGCCGCCGCCACGCCGUGUGCCUCUGCCCUGACGACGCAGUGGCGCGAGAGGUUAGAGGCGUGGAUAGCGACGGCGAGGUGAGAUGGCCGACGACGCGAGACGACGGAUGGUCAGAGUUGGAGAUGGGGCGGUUGUGUAUUGACGAUGCAGCAUGUGUUGACUUGGCCGAGGAGGUGGUGGUGGUCAGCUUCGAGGUGUUAGGGUGGCACCCCAAGAGCGGGCUCAUUGUUGAGGGCGUCGUGUUUAGGCCCGUGUGAUCACCGUGCAAGUGUGACGUCUUAAUUAGCUUCUCACAUCCCCCGUUCCAUCCACAUGUUGUAGGAUCGAUGAUGUUUUAUAGAAGAAAAAGACCACCUUGGUUAUUGAAAAAGAAAGUUUGAAAAA